CAGGCCAGACCACUGAAUGUGUCCGUUCAUCCAUGUCUGUGAUCAAUAGGGGACCAUUAUCGUGGUUUCGAAAUGUCGUCUAUCCCCAUCAAGUUUAAUGUUCGGGACUACAGUUGUUUGAAAGAGUGACAGUGCAACGACGAACACAUGAGAAAUGGCUGGAGUGGACUUACCCAUUUUGACGGAACGUCUUCUUGUAUCUGUAGUUGUAUUGAUAUCCAGAGUCAUGUGCAAUGCAUGUAAUACACAACAUCUGGUGGCAACACAAUUGGAGACAAGGUUGUACUCACCUUCUUACGGGUCCUACCAGAAUAAUAUGGAUUGUGCAUGGAAGAUAAGCUCAGCUUUACACGACAGUAAUGUACAAGUUGAAAUCGAACAGAUGUCCUUACAAACCAACAACGGAUACUGUGUUGAUUACCUACAAAUAUAUGAUGGUGAAAGUGUUGACAGUAAGUUACUUGGAAGCGUCUGCAGAUCGACGGAAACGUUUGUAAGCAGUUCCAAUAACAUUUAUCUACGAUUUUAUACAGACUCUUCUCAGACAGACAUUGGAUUUACACUGAAAUACUUCCAACCCGAUGAAAACGACGACAGCUGGAAAAAAGUGCUGACAAUCGUGAUUACAGUAACUGUCGUGGCGAUGAUUCUGAGUUGUUGGUACAAACGGUUCCAUAAACGUUUCCGAAAUCAUCAUCAUGCUGUGGUAGAUCCGGACAAUGAGACAGCAGGACGCUCAGGUGUUAAUAGGAACCGGUCGUGCGUAUGGUCAACCAGUAGCGAACAGACUCAGACGGACAAUGAAUUCACCAAUUCAGAAAAUACUCAACAACCCGGACCAGUUAAACCUCCAGCUUAUUCAGAAAUAGAUGUAAACCCCGGUAAAUUACCAACGUAUGAUGAAACAACCAUCGAUGAACAUAAUUGUGAAUGUUCUCCUCCGCCAUCAUAUACAGAUAGAAUUCAGACAGGCAGACUGAUCAGACAAUCUAGUGCGUACUCCUACACGUAUUCAGUGACGUCGAACUCGACGUCAUCGUUAUCCUCUGUUUCAACAACGUCAAUCGAAUCGUCGUCGUCGUUUAUAAACCAAUCUGAACAAUCAUCUUUAUCUCAUUUACCCACGUAUGAAUCAGCAAUGGCUAACCAUGACACGAGAGUUCCUAUAAAUUAAUGAAUUUUCGCGAAUGUUUAUUCCCGCAAGUGUGUUCCAGUCGGCCUGUUCGCAAAAUCUUGCAUUCGCAAAAUGAGCAAGGACAGACACAUGCUUUGUGCAAGAACUUUAUUUUUAUUUUUUAAAGAUAAGAGACAAGAACUUAAUCAACUAUUAACUAAUUGGUGUUUAAGUUUUGUUUGGUUCCCUUCGUUCGUCGGAGGUCCAUUAUCGAAGUGGGUCCAGUUUCUGUGCUUUGAUAUUUUGUGAAUUGCUGUGCGAAUACAUCAUGUUUAAUGAGGUGAUCAGAAAAGUAUUCAAGUAAUGCGGUGAAAUCAACGAAGUCAUCCUAUCUUACUUUCACACCUGUUGAAGAAAAAUGGCUUUUUCGUUAUUACUUUUUUCUAGGGUAGCAUAGAUAUAGAAGACAAAACGUAAAUUAUGUUUGAGGAAGCUCGUCGUAAUUGUAAAGACAAUUAUUGCUUAUCAAAAUAAAGACCAAACAUCGCUGGCAAACAACACGAAACACCUUGUUUCGUAAGUUUACUCUAAACCUGACAUUGUUUCGUAAGUUUACUUUAAUCCGUUUAUUUGGCAAUAUCCGUCUUAGAGGCUCCAUAACUGGUCACCAAUUACUUUUCAAAAUUAAACCGUUGAAAGAUUGUUUUUCUUUUUCAAAUGUAUAUCUAACUUAGAAUUCACGAGGUUAGUGAUACAACUGUUUUUUUAAUCAAUUAUUUGGUAAACUAUGUGUGAAAAUUGUUUGUAUGUACAUUUUUGAGGGUGGUUAUUUGAACCUUACAAGACGUAUAUUUUGUUGUAUUUUCAAUAAUUAUGCGCUUAUCAUGGAUUCUUAUUUUAAGGUGAUACAUCCGAAACCUAGAUGUAUUAACAUGCAUCAGCUGCUUAUACAUCAAGAGAAAAACAGAAAGAGUGAUGCUUUCUUGAUAAUUAAAUCAAAACACUUUAUAAACCUUUUGUUUUUCAAAGUUAUCGCCAAAAGGGCCUAGUUGUUCAAAGUCAGUGAUAACUUUGACGAGGAGAUUAAAAGGUAUGUUAAAGAAUUUCAAAAAUAAUCAUUUGAAAAAAAUGUGAAAUGGAACAAAUUUCUAAAACGUUGUAUUUAGAUAUGUUACCACUCCUUAAGCCCAAACAGACUUUGACUAACUUGAGCCAGACACAAUAUCAUCAAAAUCGUUUUCAUUUGGUAAUAGAAGAAGCUAUAAUUGAAAUUUGACUCACGAGGUCACAAUGUCUUUCCUCUUGAUUUCAUAUCGCCAUUAAUGCUACUGGUGUUGUUUUUGUUUUGACUUUCAUGUCUGUUGUUGUUGAUUUGUUCAAUUGGAGCUGAGGAUUGCCCUGCUGUUUACCUAUACAUAAAGAAAACAUGCAAAUGUCAAAGUAAUUUAAUCUUUUCUUUUUAAAUUUCAAUAGCUUAGCUGUAGUUACAUUCUGCGUUGAGAACCGUCUCAAAGAAUUGUUAAUAAACUGUAUAAGACUCCAUUGUUUCUCUAUUGGAUUAAGGCAUUAUAAUUGUAGUUGAAUGGGAGAAUUAUUGAGUGUCAAUAGAGUAAACACAUGAGAUGUUUGUUGAUGUGGGAUACUUUGAAUUUCAAUAUUACAAUCAUUUUAUCAUUAAAAGACAAAAACAAAAUAUAUAGAGGCUAUACAA